UAUAGCUCAGUGGGUGGGAGGGGGGCCCCCAAAUCAAAUUCUGCUUAGGGCCCCUAAGAGGCUCGGGCCGGCACUGCACUAAUACCCACUAAUACGCCAGCAGGUUGUGAUAAUCUUUCAUACAAACUAUGUAUGCAACCAGACUGAGCUACUGAAGUAUUUUUUUAAAGUAAAAUAAUGUGGCUAUGCACCUUUAAGGUAAACACCUGCAGGUCUUUCAGGUAAAAGGACAUUAGGAAAGUUUACUAUAACUGUCAAAGCCAUGUUUCAAUAAAAUGUGUUUAUGGAAAUGUAACUGAUUCAUAGUGUCGUAGUGUCUAAUAAACUUGCCAGAUGUGCCACUGAAGUUUUAAUAUUUGUAUAAAUAGCAAUGUUCACCUUUUUUUUAUUAUUCUGUAGAUUUCUUUCAGUAAAAUGCUGGAAGGUGUAAAUUUUAAUGUAUUUAAUCUAUCACUGCCUAGCACAACACAGAGUAGACAGAGUGUACGCAUAAAGAUUUUCUCAGAGCAGUGCAAGCUUGGUCCUGGCUGCUGAGUAUAGCUCAAAUGACACGUCAGUCCCAAAUCGGGCACCAGCCUCCUCGGGAACGCGCAGCUCCUGAAUCCAGGCGUGCGUCCAGACUUAUCGGUCAGGUACAAACUGGAUGCAAAAAGAGUUGCUCUGCGAACCUCCUCCUAAGUGAAAACCCCCACGCACCGCGGAGGAUGGGCAUCGAGGUCUCAUCUCACCUGUUCACGCAAGAGUAAUGUGUUCUGUGGGAGCGUAGAAGGUGAUGCUCACAGCUGUUACCAGACAGAAUGGCAGGGAAGCCGGGAAUCCUGGAAAGCCACAACACUACGUCUUUGUGGAACCGGUCAACAGUGGACCUUAACCGGUUCCGCGGCCAUAAUAACGUCGACGUGCCAUCAGACGGAUCUCCGACUUUGCGCAUCCUCAUCUCCACCGUGUACUCGGCAGUGUGCGCUGCAGGGCUGCUGGGAAACCUGCUGGUGUUCUUCCUGAUGAAAGCCAACCGGGGCAGGAGAGAGUGCUCCAGUAUCAACCUGUUCAUCCUCAACCUGGCAGUGACGGACUUCCAGUUUGUGCUCACUUUGCCGUUCUGGGCAGUAGACAUGGCUUUGGACUUCAGUUGGCCGUUCGGAAACACCAUGUGCAAAAUUAUCCUUACAGUGACAGUCAUGAACAUGUAUGCCAGUGUUUUUUUCCUCACAGCCAUGAGCGUAACUCGGUACUGGUCCGUGGCUUCGGCUCUGAAGGACAGCACCCGACAGAGAGUGUGGCCGGUGCGCUGGGUGAUUACUGCCCUGUGGCUCUGCGCCGUGACGGCCUCUCUGCCAACGGCAGUGUUUUCCACGGUCAGGAGGGUUGCAGGGGACAGACUCUGUCUUAUGGGCUUCCCGGAUGGUAAGCCUUGGCUUUUGUUUCACCACCUUCAGAAGGUUUUGGUCGGUUUCGUGUUCCCCAUGCUGAUAGUGACGGUGUGCUACCUGAUGCUGCUGCGCUUCCUCCGUUUGCGCAGCAUGAACAAUAAUCAUGUGAAACGGAGCUCUAGGGUGACCCGAUCGGUCACCAUCGUGGUCCUUUCCUUCUUCAUAUGCUGGAUGCCGAACCACGCAAUUACAUUCUGGGGCGUUCUGGUAAAACUGAAUGUGGUCAACUGGGAUAUAGCCUAUUACACGGCGCACACGUACCUUCAUCCUGUCACGGUGUGCUUGGCACACACCAACAGCUGCCUGAACCCGGUUCUGUACUGUCUCAUGCGCAGGGAAUUCAGAAAGAAGAUAAAGGAUCUGUUCUGGAGGAUUUCUUCUCCCUCCGGGAGGAACACUUGCCAUCUGCGACCGUUCACCAGGAGAGAGGAGCCGGACGACACACAGACCGGCAUCCCUCUGAACAACCUAGAGACGUGUUUAACGGACAAGUGCGAGACGGACCUGUUCCAGACGUAGCAGGACCAAACUGGAGCAGAAAAGCAGUAAUCCGCAGAAUACUAUAAAGAUGCUAUGUUGUCUGGUCGAUCAGAAACAGCGUGACCACUAAAUGCCCCAACAAGUAUCAUUUUGGGAAUUUUACUGGUAAAUUCUGCUGGCUCAGCAUAUGUGCAUUUUUUCAUUCACAUUAUUUAAAGCUUCUGCACUGACUCUUUCAAAUGGAAAAGUAAAGCACUCAGUGAUAUACGCAAUGCUUACCUACUACUGCUGGAUUAAUUAUAUAGAACUGCUUUAACUGUUUUACUAUGCUUCUUCUGGCACUGUAAUCUGAUAUUAAAGAGUUUUGUGUGUAAACCUCAUGUAUCACACAAAUAACAUUAAUUCAGUUGCACCUGCUGGUAACAUUCAUUUUGAGGAAUGUAAGACAUUUGUAAAGGCUGUAAUAUACAAAGUAUCCAAAUGCAUAGUGAAAGGUUUAGUAAUGCCACAAAAGUGAGUUGUGCAUUAUCCUGAGAAGUGGCUUCCUUCACAGCCAACUAUGCAGACCGCUUUAUUUUAAAAUAAAUCACCAUUCAUCUUAGAAAACAAUAACGAUGCAUUUUUUGCUCCCCUGCCAUUUUUCUUAUAAUAGUUCAGUCCAUUGUAAAGGCAAAGGCAAAUUCAUUUGUAUAGCACUUUUCAGUACAAACACAAUGCAAAGUGCUUUACAUGAUUAAAAUAUAGGGGAA